UUGUUAUUCUCAACCGGCGUUCCAAAUAUUCUAUACUUUAUUUCUAAGUAGGCUUCUAUCCAUUUUUCGCUUACUGACGACGCUUAGACCGUAUGUGCUGCGUUACUCGAGUUUUAAAACACCACAGAGCGUAUUUAUUCUCUCUUUUGGAAAAUUUUUCCGGAAACGAAACCUUGAGAACAGGAAGUGAUUAAUAGUGAGCGAGCUGGAUGUCAGGAAGGUCUGGGCGGGUCAGCCCGGAAUGGAAGAGGAGUGUGCCGAGCCAUUAACCCCGUGACGCGGAGCCCAACAGUCUGUAAAGUGAAGCCCCCUGAAAUCGGAAGAGUAAGGACCCUUGGCGGUUUUUCGGUAGAAGGUUUGAGGUGCAUUUUCAUUGGUUAAAAAAUGACUACUCUCGAAAGUUUAGAAGCCAAAGUCACCCCUACUCCAGCCCCAAUCCGAGGAGCAGGAGAUGGAAUGGAAACUGAGGAGCCACCUAAAGCUGUCGAAGUUACGUCUGGAAUCCAACCCAUAAAGCAUCACAUCCUUCAGAGUCCACGAAAGAAAGCAGCUCCAGGAGAGAGCCCAGGAGUUCUUCAGCUGGGGAAGAUUCUCACUGACAAGGCAGUGGAAGUCGAAGCCGUAAGAAUAUUAGUUCCCAAAGCUGCUAUAACCCAUGAUAUACCCCACAAAAAUGCAAAGGCUAAGUCUCUGGGACAUCAUAGAGGAGAAUUCCUUGGUCAGUCAGAGGGAGUUGUAGAACCCAGAAAGGAACUAUCAGAGGUAAAGAGUAUACUGGAAAAGCUCAAGAACUCUGAAAGAAGGUUACUGCAGGACAAAGAAGGUCUCUCAAACCAGCUCAGAGUACAGACAGAGGUUAAUCGUGAGUUAAAAAAGCUGCUAGUGGCUUCUGUUGGGGAUGAUCUUCAGUAUCAUUUUGAACGUCUAGCCCGUGAGAAAAAUCAGCUUAUUUUAGAAAAUGAAGUCCUAGCUCAAAACACAGCUCAACUUUCUGAACAAUUAGAGCGUAUGUCAAUACAGUGUGAUGUAUGGCGAAGUAAAUUCCUUGCAAGCAGAGUGAUGGCAGAUGAAUUAACCAACUCCAGGGCAGGAUUACAGCGUCAAAACCGUGAUGCCCAGAGUGCUAUUCAAGAUCUCCUGAGCGAACGGGAACAGUUUCGUCAGGAAAUGAUAGCUACCGAGAAAUUAUUGGAGGAGCUCUUGGUCUCCUUGCAGUGGGGGAGAGAGCAAACCUACUACCCAAGUACACAACCUCACACCACAGCAGAACUGGCAUUAACAAAUCACAAGUUGGCAAAAGCAGUCAAUGCUCAUCUUCUGGGAAAUGUAGGCUCUAACAGCCAAAAAAAGAUUCCAUCACCAGUUGAAUUCUGCAGCACCCCAGCAGAAAAAAUGGCUGAAACGGUUCUACGCAUUUUGGAUCCAGUUACCUGUACAGAAAGCUCACCUGAUAAUCCUUUUUCUGAGUCUUCACCAACCACCUUACUUGCUACAAAGAAAAAUAUUGGACGAUUUCACCCCUACACUAGAUAUGAAAAUAUAACUUUCAAUUGCUGCAAUCACUGCCAGGGAGAACUUAUUGUCCUUUAACAUUCAGGAUGUUGGAGGCAUGCCACAGGCGCUUGCUUCUCACCUGAGAGUCAUUAUCUGGGAGCUGGAGUUCUUACAAUGGUAGAAAUAAUAUCACUUUCUAUUUAAGUAAUCUAUAUCCCCAAAGAUGUUUCAUGUAUGGAUCACAGAUUACCCUUUCUUACUAAGUAUCUCAGGGUAAGAGAAGAAUGAAACUGUGUAGCUGUAUUUAAAGUAGAUGAUACUUUCCAGGCAUUAUAUGAUGCUUUUCCUAAAGGACUCUGAAAAAAAAAAGAUUCCACCUUUAUUUUAGGCCCUAUCCUGCUCUGUAUUUAGUGUGAGCAGAUUUACUUUUGGUACUCUUGAUGCAAGGUGGGUCAUAUGCAGCCACACCCAUUUAUUUACUGUUGUCUAUGGUUAUUUUCUGGGGGGUCCCCCCCACACACACACACUACAACAGUACAACUGAAUAGAUGCUUGGGCUUGUAUGGCCUACAAAGCUUAAAAUAUUUCCUAUCAGGUCCUUUACAGAAAGAGUUUUUUGGCCCCUACUCUCAAGGAGUAACAGCCAGGAGGUUGGGUGGAGUGAGUGUCUAUUCCCUUUUUGGUGGUUUUCUGGGGGCUACAAAGGAGGCUUAUGGAAAUACUGUGGGUGAAGGGACUAGUAUUUUAAAACUAAAUGCUCUAUGUUAGGAAAGUUAAAAGUAUUUUACAAGCAUAUUAGCAAGUGGUUCAGCAAAACAUACUAUGUUGGUUUUGUGUGAGGCACGCCAUAGUGUGAAUUGACAUAUAUAAAGAAAACAGACUCCAUUCAGCUCAUUCUGACAAAUGCAACACAAUAGGAAUAUCCAAUUUGAUAUAAAAUAUGGUGGAGAAAGUAGGCUCUUUCUGGAACAUUGUACAAAAUGAAAAAUGAAAUCAAUUUAUAUUCAUCUAUAAUAUGAGCAUAUAAUUAUUGUUUAUGAUGAACCAUUGUAAAACACCCUUUUCAUAGGUCUUUAAAAAUAUCCACAAUGUUUAUACCAGAUUACACCAUACUAGGUGCAGAACUAUCAAAAGACAAAUCUUCUGAAGACAAAUCUGGUCAAAUAACAUAUUUUAAUGUCAACUUAAUCUUUUUGUCAGACUCAUCAGAAUUAUACUUUAAAAUGGCAAUAAAUUUCUCUACAUUCUUUUAA